AUGACCACAAAUGGCAGAGUUGGCCAUUUACAAAGUUCGAAAUCGCCUACAAGUAGACGUCGCAAGAUAGCAAUCGCCUGCGAGCCAUGCCGGAAGCGCAAAGUCCGAUGCGAUGGUAAUCAACCAACAUGCUCUCCCUGCAUGACGAGCAGGAAAACCUAUACCUGCAUCUACGAAAGUAGCCCGCAAGCAACACAGCAAAGAUAUAUCGAGGAACUGCAGAAUCGUAUCACGGACCUUGGAGGCCACGUGUAUGUUCAGGCGUCGCAGGAUGCAUCCUCGGAAUCAAUGCAACAACCAGACUCAGGGCAGUCUGGUAUCUUUACAGCAACUGCAUCAGCCCACGUGGGUGCAAAUUCAGAUGCGUCCUCUCCAGAUGUAGUGUUUGGUGUAUCUUCGACCGCGACUUUUCUGCAACAGUUAUCUCAUGAAGCUGGCCAGAAGGAUCGACCACCAUUGUUCGCUCCGACUGAAUCAGACAGUGGCCCCUUGAGACUGGAUAGGUCCACCAAACAAUCAGCAGUACUACCCAUCCGUAGAAUUGCAGACGACCUGAUAAAUUGCUAUUGGCAAUACAUGCAUCCUCUUUUUCCAAUUCUACAUGAACCGACCUUCACAGCCGCAUACAAGAAAUCUUGGACCUCCGAUCAACCAAUACCACAUGCAACACCCAAACCCACCUCAGAUAAUCCUGGAGAGAUUAAAGAAGCCCUAUUCUUCUCCACCCUGAACAUCAUCUUCGCACUAGGGACACGAUUUUGCAGCUCCAUCCCCUCCACCGAAAAGGAAAUCACGAGCAAACGAUUCCACCGCAGAGCCAGGUUGAACUUUCCCUACGAUUUAUUGGACUUUGGCUCGCUUCCUGUACUGCAGAUGGUAUUGCUACAGGGCGUGUACUUGCAAUCCACUACCGAGGUUUCAAGAUGUUGGAAUGUCAUCGGUGUUGCUGUGAGGAUGGCGCAGAGCUUAGGAUUACAUGCUGAGGGAACUCAGGGCAGGAAAAAGACACAGUUGGAGCUUGAGAUGGGAAGAAGGCUUUGGUGGUGUUGUAUUGUGCUGGACAGAUUGGCGGCUGCUACCUUUGGUUGGCCGAUGAUGGUUCAGGGUGAGUGUACUAUACCAUUACCCAUACUGAGUGACAAUGCUCUCAGUCUCGAGGCCGGCAACACCUUAUCUGGCGUCGACACGUCUUCCGAUCUCUGUGUUUUCAGAAGCACAUGCGACUUAUUCGGUAUUCUCGGGGAAAUCCUAUCAACGAUCUAUCAAAACAACGGAGCCUUGUUACGUACGACCGCAGCUCAAAAUCAAGCGUCCCAGACUCUAUCACAUAUAAUGGGGUUGAAUGGGAGGUUAGAUGCAUAUCUAAUUUCAACACCUCCAUACAUUCGCUCGUUCAUCGAAGAGACCGAGCCUCCAACAGCAAACACGAUUCCUGUACACCAAAAUCCUUCUCCUUCGUCCAGCACUCCUACUACAUGUGGGAAACCCCGACAUGUCGCAAGAAAGCCACACAUCUCCGAAUCCUCAUAUCCUUACGCAUGCCAUCGAUGUCUGUGCCAGAGCCUGCUCGCGAGUCAUUGGAAUAUUACACCACAACCUUUCCUCUCCCCUACGUAUGCCAGACUGGCACAUCGUAUACAGUAA